AUGGUGGACAACGAAGUUUUCGAGAUUAAUGACUUCACAAUAGUCACUGAUAUGGAGCACUUUGCGGCCGCGUUCGAAGGAAUUUUGCAAAAACAUGAUUUGUUUGGUAGAAGACCCAGUUCAAUGGUAAGUUAUAACUUUUUUCUGAAUUAUAAAUCAACUGUUGAAGGAAAACGUCAAUUAUCGAUUGCUUGCUACUGAGACCGAGACCGUUUCGAUCGGAGAUCAUAAACUGUGCGUUCAACUGUUUCAAUACCUUGUAAGUACUAUUACAAAAUUACAAAUGAAAUAUUUACACGUUAUCAGACGGAUUCACAAAAAUCCAGUAUCACAACGGAAGAUUCGAAGGACGUCGACCAUGAAAAUUCAUCGAUUCCCCCGUUUGCCGUUCUUGACGAAAUUCUCCACGCUAAUGGUAUAUUUGAUGCCAUUCAUCACUUGACCAUAAAGGUAUGUAUAAGAAAAAAACUGCCGGUAUAUAUAUAUAUAUAUAUAUAUAUAAAUUAUUGCAGUUCGGAGUCAAAGAAUGCAUUAUAGUAUCACCGACAGACAGUACGGGUACACUUACCGAUGAAAAUCAGGCAGCCACUGUUUUGGGAACAAUCAAGACUGUUCUGCAUUCGAGUAGAUGUGAAAUCCCAGUGUUCUGUUUUAUCAAAGACAAAUCUCUGAAUAUGUUGGAGGGGUAUGCUUCCGAUGGAAAUACUUCUAUCAACUUUUCGGUAAGAGUCUCCAAAAAAAUACAUUGAAACCUGUUUAUCUACUAGUCGGUUGUUCUACGUAACAUCAACAGAAGACAUCGUACAUUGGCUGAUUUGCUUUUCUUGUUCAAAGAGCAUUUGGGCGCCAGCACGUCAGCAUUCCACGAUGAAGUCCGAAUCAGUUCCAGAUUCACUCAUCUUGUACCUGUGAGUGAAAAAUGAACAUACAAGUUCAUUUUAUUUAAUUGUGUUUUAGAUAAAAGAACUAUUGUUUCACCGAAUUCACACCGUUGAAAGUUUCGGAAAUCUCGCGAGCGGCCCAUUCUCAGGACUGCCAUUGUGAAAAAACAACACAAUAAAAAAAACACUUCACUGUGCAAUUUUUUCAGCAAUGUGCUCAAAGUCACAGCAACUUGGCAUCCAUUCCGUGAGAAUUCGCUUACGGAGAACCACAACCACUCGGAUUUCGAUAUCAAUUUUGCCUCAAUUUGGAGUAUUGAAAUUAUUCCAGCGCCUGGAUGUUUGUCGGGGACAUUUGGUACGUAUACGAUAGUAUUAUGAAGUGACUAUAAUUAUAUGUAUUCAUUCAAUCAGAUGAAAUUCUGGGAGCGUACUCUGACAACAGAAGAAAAGCGAUCAGAACCGACCUUAAAUGCCGCGACAUACUGGGAGCUCACUACACGCAUAGAACUCACACUAAUGCGUUUUCGAAGUUGACUUCAAAUACUGCGUCAGAAGUAACAUUUGGAGAGUACAAGGCAUCAGGAGAAGAAAUCACAAAUGGCCCGCUUUCUAAGGUGUGAUGAACAAUUAUUAAACGGAAGUUAAAACAAUUGAUUUCAGGGAUUUGUCCGUGCAUGGGUCCAGUUUAUUUUCAAUGAAGAAGGCUCUGCCGAAAAUUUGUCACAUGAAUUGAACAUGCUGAAUGUUGAGAACACAUCACAACAUCCGCUUUCCGACGAUGACUACGUUAUCAAUGAACAACUAGGGAAACUGUAUAAUUAUGUGUCGUCUUCAUCGGAUGGAAGCUUUUUGGCACCAUAUAAAGCGGCCAAAAGGAACUCGACCGCCUGGAGAUUGGCGGUGGCACUGACAAAUGCGAGAGUAUUGAUGCCAGAUCAGCCUCGUGCUGAACCGCAACUUUGGGUUGAAUUUCUGUUGCGUUUGAGAGAGAAGUAUGAGAAACUAGAGACAAUUGAGUAAGUUUAUAGUUGCGAAUUGAUUGUUCAAAUGUAAAUUGUUUUAUUUUCAGAAUUGUCAACAAUGGAAUUGACCAUAUGCAAUGUUCAUUCUCGCAAAAGCUUCAAAUGUUGCAGUUAUGCAUCAAUGCCCGUCAGAAACGUCACAAAUUCUUUGACCUCGCGCACAGUGCUUCUUCGCCCACAGAUGAAUUUUUUGAUGCCAACGAGACUUUCAACAAACUACAGAUUUCUGAGGGAAACAAUAUCGAAGGACGUCUGGAUGCCACCAAGCUGAAUCUCAUUGGAAAUCCAGCGGCGGUCAUGUACGUACCGAUCACACAGGACGCUUGCCCAAUGACUGACGAGAUGAUUGACGCUCAGAAUGAGUAUUUGUUCAGUCUCGACGAGGAAGGGCGGGUCAAUGCGCAAAUGGAAUUGGUUAGAAGUGAUAUGCAAUGCUUCAAAUGCGCGAAUCCAGAUGCGAUUUUUGCCGAUUUUCUUCGGUGGCAUUCGCCAAAAGAUUAUGACGAGAAAACCGGAACUAUUUCGGAAAGAAUGAUGAUUCCGGAUAAUGUGUGGGUGAACGCUUGGGAGACAGCACCCGCUAUUCCAGCAGUAAAUCAGGCACGAAUUUUUAAUGAUGGAAAGAUUGCGGAAGAGGUAAUCGACAUUUAAACUUUUGAAAAUAAAACUUCAUUCUGGUUGCAGAUCUUUGAAUUGUUUGAUAAUGCAACUAUCGAUCGCAUCCGUGAAUGGAUCAAGCCGUCAGUCUUUGCUGCAACAUUAGAAAGACUGACAGAGGUGGAGAAAAGCUAUGGUGCAUCGGAAGGCAAGCAGAAUCAGCGGGUCAAAGUGGCGAAAAUGCUUGCAACUGCCACUAUUAACAAUUCGGCCAAAGAAUAUAAUGAAGUCGCAAAGUAUUGUAGUCAAGUGGAGAUGAUUCACAAUAUGAAAAUUCAUCUUAUACAACUUUUUGAAACUGCGGUAAACAAACAAUGCUCACUAUUUUUCAAACUAAUCGUUGAGGGUUGCAGACGCAAAAAAUGCAUCCGCCACAUCCGACGCAAGAUGAGAUUCGAGAUGCGGUCAAGAAAUUGGUGAAUUUGGCUGUGUGGAAGAUUUGGGAAGAAAGUAACGGAAGGCAAAAAAUAUUUAUCGUGAAACCGCAAGAUUCCAUCGGUAGAGCUCUUGCUGUCAUUGGAGAUUUUGACAAACUGACUGAGAAGCAACUGAUUCACGGGGACAGGUGACAUUUAAUGAUGUUUCAAAAAAAAAAUAUUAAAAAUAUUUUGUUUUCAGAAAAGAAUACAUAUUCACUUGGAAUCUUAAACGUCCCUCAACUACGACUUCACCUAUGGUACAUCGCAUGUACGCCGACUUAAACGCCGACAACCAUUGUUUGUAUUUUUCGACCAGCAAGGAUUCGAAUUUUUUCAACGCUUCAUACUUGCUCUGA